UUUUCUACACUGAAGAGACCACAAGUUGAGACAAAGACGGAUUCUGCUUAUGAAUAUGUAUUGCUGGAUUUUACUUUAGAAGAGCAAGAUCUUCCCCAACAUCUGAGAUUUCCGUUUGCCUGAGUGACUUGUUACCACUGGAUCUUGCACCAAGUAAAACAGAAAAUCUGCACUUAGUAUCCUUUAUAAGAUCCUACAAUAAGCUAUGUCCUGCAUUAAGAUAAAAGUAUAGCAAGCAUAAAUGCAUUAUUUUCAUUUAAUAUGCUUUGUUCUCUGCUUCAUCAGAUUUAUGCUAUGUGAAGUUGAAAUGAGCCUGCUGGGGAGACUUUCAGGAGUCCCUGAUCUUCUCCCAAGCCGUGAUGCAGAUUAGGUCAACCGUGCUGUAGUCUAAAUUUGCUGGCUGGACACCCUGCACGUCUUAACUAGUUAUCUAUCAGCAGUGUAUUGUACCUUGGCUUCUCCCCUCCUGGUCCCCAAAAUACUGUCUUCCCUACUGUAGAAAUCAGCUUUGAGUUCCAUGAAGGUUCUUCUGCAUCAAGAGAAUCCCAAACAAGAAAAUUAUAGCCAAUCUUAUAUUUUGGUGGGAUUGAAUAGUACAAAGGAAAGGGAGCAGUGGACUCUGAAGUGUAAUUUUAAAUGCCUGUCAAGGAUUGUAAAUUCUACAGGCCCAAUCAUGAGGCAUAUCUCAGUUACAAGAACAGCUGUUAUUUUUUGAGGUCAGCCUAACCAUUAAGUAGGGAUAGUUUGAAUACUCCUACUCCAAGCAGAAUGUUUUUGCUUUUCCCACAACCUUCCUAUUAGGGAAAAGAAGGAAUCUUGAUGCAGCCCACUAAGAUGACAUGCUGUGAAGUUCUUGUCACUCUGAAUAACAAUAUGAAUAUGUAUGAAGUAGCUGUUUUGUCAUCAUCUUCGAUAUCAUGCAUCUGAAGCUUACAGCUAGCAAGCUUCCCCAAAUCCAGAAGUUAUCAAGAUCAGUUCUGUGUUGGAUAUAGCAUCUAAGGUGGAAGAAUAUUACAGCAAAGGAUAUAUUGUAGGAGCUGUUCAUCCUAUUAUACUGCCAAUUGGACGUAGAAGGAAUUUCCCUGCAAGUCACAUGUAUCGAGUGGUACUUUCACGAUUAAAAUUAAGCCAGAAGCAUGCAGCACCCAGAGGACAAAGCCACCCCAGGCUGGUGAUUGAGGAAUGUCCUUUAAUGUAUGAAACACUGACAAAUGAGGUAGUGAAAGAACUGUUAGAAAAGGUUAACGAAGCUGCUAAAAGAGGAAAGAAGUUUGUGGGAUUUGUAACGCAACAUUUUCCUCAGCCUAAAGCCUGUAAUGGAACAAGCGCAGAUGGAAGUACAGAGGUGGAAUCAACACUGGGCAGAAGAAAUAGGGAACACAGAAGAAGAAAUUCUGAUGAAAACUAUAAAAACUGGAAUGAAGGGACAUUGAGUGGUCACUCAUCUGAGAGUGGGAUAGAGGAGGAAAUGCAAGCAGAAAGCAGUCUGCUACAGGAUGCAGAUUUCCAGUUUGGAAAAGAAGUCAGCCCUGUUAAACCACGAAAAGGAGACGACAAGCUAUACACAGUCUUCAAUGUUUUUGAUGAUGAUUCUACCUGCUGGACCUAUCACGAAGGUGUUUUGUCUAUGAAAGUAACAAGAAAGGGGCCAGUUAUUAGUACACUGGAAGCAGACUGGCUAGAAUUAACCACAUUUUAUUAUAAACAAGGAUUGUCCUUAAUUGAUUCUUUUGUACACUGGGAAACUUCUAAAGGGGACUAUUUGCCCAAAUCUUUAGAAGGAUUAUUUAUCUAUGAAGAAGAAGGUGCUGGGGUUCCAGGUUCUAACAGGAAAGGAAAUGAUGCAAUAGUUGUUGAACAAUGGACAGUCAUUGAGGGGUGUGAAAUUAAAACAGAUUAUGGACCUUUAUUGCACACGCUGGCUGAGUUUGGAUGGCUCCUGACCUGUGUCCUGCCUACACCUAUCGUACGACAUGACAGUGAAGGAAAUCUGGCCACGAAGCAAGUCAUUUUUCUUCAGAGACCUGUUAUGUGGAAUUCUGCUGUCCAGACACCAGAGAGGAAAUCCUUAAGACAAGUUAUUGCGGAGGAAAAAGGCAAAGUCUCUAGCAGAAGUGUUGGAUUAGACACAGCUACUUCUCGCCCUGUAGAAAUUGGACAACCACCUGAUGAGUUUCACCUAUCUCCAUCUAAACAAUGUUGGAUCAAGGAGGGAUCUUCCCAGUAUGGAGGCUUUCCAGGAUUCAGUAGCAGUGAUGGAGUAUUAAGGGAACUGGAUGAUGGACAAUUUGACCAGGAAGAUGGAGUCACUCAGGUCACAUGUAUGUGAUAAAGUAAGUAACUGCAUCAGAUGGACAUGUACAUAAUUCACACAAAUGUUAAAAAAAAAAAAAAAAACCACAAAACAAACAAAACCCAACAAACAUACUACUUUAAAUGCAUUGGUAUAAUCCUAUGACUUUUCCCAGACUCAUUUUAUAUUUUUGGCUGUUUCUUUGUUGUGUUAAUCCUACUGUAGUAAUAAUACUACUGCAAAAUAAUUUGGUUUUCUGUCUCUCUCUAAUAGAGCAACUACAUGACUCUGCUAACUUGUUAAUGCUUUUGACAAGCAAGGAAGCAAAUGCUGCAAAACAGUGACAGUUUGAAUUGUGUAAGAGAGAAAGGAAUGAGGAUGUUUAGUAUUUUCCACAAGCUGGAGGAGUGUGUUUUGUCUUUAAAGGGCAUUGUAAAUAUUGGUGGGGAAAACGAACUGCCUGGCUGUUGUUAAGUUUUAAUGUAAUUUUCACUUUACUUGCCUUGCAUAAAUUCAAAAGCCUAGAGAAAUGUUAAGUCUUACACUAGAGUGUUAAUAAUGUAAGCUACGUUCAGACUUGGUAUGUGCAGAAAACCUCUGGAGGCUGUAGGCAGACACUUGUUCCUGUAAUAUAAUUUCACCUAUGCAGGUUUUUUACCAGGGUUCCUUGUACAUCUAAGCCAAAAGCUAUCUGAGCAUAUAGCUUCUAUAAUGAUGUAUUCAUAAUUUACUCAUGAGUGGAAAUGAAGAACCACUCACCCCCUGAAAGAUAACUUGCAGUCUAUGAAAAAGUACUUUGAGAAACUCACUAAGAAGCAUUGACAGCAAGGUGCACAAUGAUGGUGAUAAUACAUAGGAGGAAGAAGUAGGCUAAACUUAAUAGGCAAUAUUAGAUCAUAGACUAUACAAAUAUGCUGAUGUAUAUAUAAAAAAUUUCUCAGCUAAAUGUAUCUCACACUGGGUAAAAAGUAUUCAACUGCAUCAAAUACCAGAAAGGAUGUUCAGAGUACAGGAUGAAGUUGCUGUGCUUCCAUCCUCACUGUGGGGAGGAGCUGCUUGCAUUAAGGGAGGUUAACACUGGCAGGGUUCUCUGGGGAGAGGCAUGAACAGGAAUUAUUUUUAUGCUGCUGUCUUGAAAUUACAUUUUACAGAGGAGAAGCUGAAUACAAAUCCCAUCUCCAGAAGGUAAAUGUGAUUGUAACUAAAAAUUGCGUUUUUCAGUUAGAUUUAGAAGCAAAAACUAUAAAUAUUUGUCAUACUUAAGCUAAUGGAAAAUAAUAUAGUCAAGAUGAGAAAUCAGAACAGAGGUGAGCAAAUGUAUUCACAACGCUUCGCUCAAUGUUUGCAGUACAGCACACACAUCACCCAGGGAUUUUGAUACCUGUCCGUGCGUGUUGUACUGCAAACGCUGAGAGAAAUGUUGUGAAUACAUUUAAGUACACCACCCCACUCCCCCGGGAUGGUAUCCCACCAGCUGCCAUGGGAGUCUCCCUGUCCGCAGUGGUAGAUGCUGGCACUAAACGCAGUGGGCAAAUUAAUGCAGUGACAGGAACACCAAUAAUUGACUCCAAACGAACACCCCAGGAGAUGACCAGGAUGGUGGAAGUCAGACUGCGAUCUCUGUGGCAGGGAGCUGUGCAGAAAGAACAUUGGCAGAAGCUGCUUAUUUCAAUAAGCAACAAGUAACUCAUGAAAGAAAAAAGUUACACCUGCUAGGAUAAGCAAAAGUAGUACAAAGCCUUAGUGCUGUUUCAAUUUAUUUUUACAAGGUGGGGGGCAGGGGAAACCCUUUCUACUUGCACGAUUGUCAUAGUGGGAGCUUGAAAUGAUUAUUGCUUUGGAGCUGCUUCCCAACUUCAUUAUGAAAUUGUUGUAGGCAGGCUUGUUUAUUUUUCACUCUGGAAGAGCCGCUCUAACAACUGUUUGUAGCAGGUUUGUGGCUUUUUUGAAAAACAAUUCCACAGCCCUGGAGCCAGAGACAUUCCUUCAACUUCUUUUUUCCUAUUGCACAUUGUUGAAAAGGGCAGCUUCUAUUUUCUCACUUUAAUUUCUUAGGAAAAAUGCUGGCACCCUGGCAAAAUAGUUUGAAUGGUGACUGUUUUAAGAGCCAAAUACAUGCCAGUAGGGCAGGAGGAGGACUGCACGCACCAUGGGGAGCGAUGGGAGCGCGGGAGUACCUGUGAUAGUAAGCACGGUAAGAAAUCCAUUCUUGCCGAGGCUUCUCUCCCUGCUUUCCCACCAGCACCUCAAGGUCACAGAUGUGGGGCACAAACCUCGUGUUCAUUCUCUGUCUGGGGGCACCACGUGGAGGAGGAUCACCCCGCUAAUAGGGAGAGGGCUGGGCUUGGCGUGGUGUUCCCCACAGAGCCUGACCCAACCGCUGCUUUCUCAUGCAGCCCACUACUCUGUGAGCAGCAGUCAUCGUCACGCAGCUAGCAGGGAUCUCCUCCAUGGUACACAGACGUGCAAAAAACUAUGAAAAUACAUGUUACAUCUGUCUCUGGCAGAAAGCCAAGUAACUCUAGCAUAUUAAAAUUGGGGUAACAGCUGGUCUUGUGCAACUUGGAAUAUGUUGCUCUACUUUUAAAAGUAUUUUUCAUGAGUUAUCUAAAACUCUCAUGCGUGUGCUUAAUUUUUUAACUACUGGUGGUUCUCCAUACAAGUCAAACCUGUAAAACCAGCAAAAAUUGGUCAAAAAAACUAGCAAUUCUGAAUAUUCCAAGUUAAAGCAUUUAAAGUAUAUCAAAGAAAUUACCUUUUAUAAAGCAGUAGCCCUGCUUAAGAUGGUUAAUAGUAGUGAACCCUAAAGCAAAACUGAACUACAACUAUUUAAAUAAGUUACAAUGUAUAAAGUAAUAAAUUGCACGCAGUUAAUCUUUCUAGAAUACAUUAAUUGGAUAAAGAGAAUUGUUUAACUUUUAACUGAGAUCUUGUCAUAUCAGCUGUUGAGAAUGCAGAAGAUUCAAAUAAAUUAGUGUCUUCUUUUAAAAGAACUUUCCCCCUUACAAUUAAUGGGAUGUACACAAGGGAAAUUCUGUUUUGGAACAAGGGUAGAAAUAGAGUAUGCUCUGGAUGUCCACAGGUACACUUUAGAAUAUCCCCACUUUUAGCAAGAAAGGUUUUUCUUCUUAAAAUGAAAUAAAGCUAUAUUGCUUUUCAGUAGCCCAGUUUUAACUGUGCUUUGGUCCUUGCUCUUGAAUCUCACAGGUGUUGACUGUGCUGCAAACCUCUGAAUUUCUUUCUAGUCUUUUUAAUGCAGUGUAAAUAUGCUAAAUUGUUUCCUCUGAAGCCACUCACCAAUUCCUAUGUAGUUAAGGACAGCUGGGUUUUUUUAAUGCCAUUUGCCUCACAGUAUGUGAAGUUGCCCCUGCUGCAGGAACAUUAAUCUGGAUUGUUUCCCUAGCUCUCUGUUGUCUUUCACCUCACAGGGCUACAUGUAGGCUCUCUACUAGAAAAAAAUAAACAAAAUACAGUUCUUCACCGGGAAAAAAAAGUCAACCUGACAGGAGCCAAGAUAGGGAUCUGUAAAGUGAGUGCCAUGGGGAGGGUAUUCCUCAGCAUUCUUUCUUUGAUACAAGAACUCAAGGGAAUCAUGGAAGUGGUAAGUAGCAGCUUUGAAACAAAUGAUGGUAUCUACCCAGCUAACUAGAGAACUCCUUGCUGCAGGAUGCUGUGUAUAAAACUACAUGGAUUUAAAAAGUGACUGAAAAAUUCCUGAGAGGAAAAACAUCGCCCUAUUCUCUCUGAAAGUCACUGAACCAGAAACUGUUGGGAGAUUCUGAAAGCUGGUCUGACUGACUGCACGCUUAUCUUUAGGUUAUUGUAAGCACCAGUGCUUCAGCCCUGGUGGGCAUGUAGCUGUGAGACUGUUCUCGUGCUGCAGGGCUUGCUUUCAGAAAUCAGGGAGAGUAACUUGCUUGCUCAGCCUGUGUGAGGACUGUGCAAGAAUUAUCUGACUUCACACACUAAUUGAAGAACACAGAAUAAACGCCCUGUCUUCCUAGGGCAUGGACGCUGAAACAAGUAAUUGAAAAUGCUUCUAAAACAAACUAUAGAAAAUCUUCUAUUUUGUUCUUUGUAGUUAAAAAUUCUGAAAGCCAACUAUAUCUUAUUUAGAAAAGUGAGAAGGGGAGGGUGUGUUUUGGGUGUAGGGGAUUCCAAUUUAGGUUACUUGUUUUAUCACCUGGGCUUACACAAACCAGAGCAUUAAGGUAUGCCUUUAUUAGGGUUGUGAUGAGCACUGUCUGUUAAUUAAACUAAGUUUGUAAAUCAGAAGAGCUGUCAGAAAGAGUAACUCUGGCAAAAUUUUUUUUUUUUGUAUGCUCCUAUUAUAUCUAUACCCACACACACACCCUGUUCAGUUUUCAUUUUACCAGAACUUAUUUUACAUACUCAUCUUUUUAUUGGAAGAAUUGCAAAUCAAACUUAAAAGCAUGAAUGCAUUUUCUGGCAAAAAAAGUAAGUACACUUAUUUAUUCAAUAACAGGGCUUCAGUUAGCAGCCUGUUGUGUCUGAAAUGUAAUAGAAAAGUCCCUUACCUGUAUGUGACAGCAGAAACGCCCUGCAACUAUUAGAAAGAAGAGAUAGAAGGCAACCGAGGCUGUUCAUGAACCUCUGCAAAAGACUGUUUAUACUUUUGUUUGGAGAGGAAAUACUUUUCUAGAGUUUACAAGCAGGAAGACACUAUCCACUGUAAAAAAAAAAAAAAAAAUGUUGUGCCCAGCUCAUAAUUGUCAGAACAAGUUAUUUACAUACCUGGUCAACUGCAAUAAACUGCUGCUUAACUUCUCUGUUUCUGGUCUGUAAAAUACUAUUUUCUUUUUGUAAAGCUAAGAUCUUUUCUAUAGUUCUGAUAGGAAGCUUCUCACCAUUAAAAGCACUUACCAAAUCA